GUGCGAAAGCCGGCACUCGAUGCUGUGCAACCAGACAUACUUCUGCCUCCGGUCUUGGACGCGAAGGAACCGGCGGACGCCCUCUCCGGGCCAUUGUUUGAGCAGUGUCGUGUGCGCAAGGUCACAGGAGACCUGGGCGGCCAGAACAGCUCUGAGAAAGCUCCCAGCAAGGCCAACGUGAGCUUGAUCGCGAGUGAUGAUGCCUCGUCGUCGUGCUCCGAAUCGCAGAUUUCGUUGGUGACUUUCCAGAGCAACGGCCAG